CCGCUUUCACGUCUGGCGAGCUGUUAUCAAUGACUCCGGAGGUGUAUCCGCAGCAUCACUGCUGUGGCCACCAUCCUCCUCCUCUUUGGCUUCUGCGGAUGAUUUUUCUUUUCGUUUCUUUUUCUUUUUUUUAAGACUGAAUGAAUGAAACCUUAAGCUCCUGAGGGCUCCUCAUUCCAUCGUCUCCUCUUUAUUUCCACCGAGCCUUUUGUCGACCAGCGAGCUGGGGGGCAAUCCGGGUAAAGGGAGCCGCGGCGCUGCGCACCGGCCGACAGACACCCCGCCGAGGCGCGGCACCAACAUGCUCACCCGGGUCAAGUCGGCCGUGGCCGGGUUCAUGGGUGGAAUAAUGGCUGGGGGCAGUUCUAGUGGAGGGGGUAAUAACGGUUCCGAUACGCCGCUGAAAUUCCCAUAUAUGAGACCUGAGUUCCUCGGACUGUCUUCUGAUGAGAUUGAGUGCUCCGCGGACCACAUAGCUCGGCCCAUCCUCAUCCUAAAGGAAACCAGGAGAUUACCGUGGGCCACCGGAUACGCUGAGGUGAUAAAUGCUGGAAAGAGUGCACUAAAUGAGGACCAGGCUUGCUGUGAGGUUGUAGUGGCAAGGAGAAGACCAAUGAGCUACUGCCCACCUUCCACACCCAGCAGGACACCCACUGCUAAGAGACGUAAUUCUUUGCCCAAUGGAGAGGGUCUGAGCCUCCGAAUCGAGCACAGCAGGAUGGGAGAGGACAGCGAAGGGCUAGUUUUCCACUACUGGGCCUUGUUCGAUGGCCACGCAGGCUCAGGUGCAGCAGUUGUCGCCUCCCGCCUGCUACAGCACCACAUCGCCUGCCAGCUCCAGGCCGUCAUAGAGAUCCUACGCAACCUUCACUCUCUGCCCCCUACCGUGAUGGGAGAGGAGCCCGACAGCAACCCCUAUCUCCAGGGAAACACACCAGGACCUCACCGUUCCCUGACCCGCGCUGCCUCUCUGCGUGGAGCCGCAGGUGCUCCAAAUUCCCCGUGCAGCACCCCACCUCCACCACGCUUCUUCACUGAGAAAAAGAUUCAGCAUGAAAGCCUGGUGAUUGGAGCUAUUGAGAAUGCUUUUAAAGAGAUGGACGCCCAGAUAGAGAGAGAGAAGCAAAUCUAUAACAUCAGCGGCGGAUGUACGGCUCUCACUGUGGUUUAUCUGCUGGGAAAACUAUAUGUUGGGAAUGCAGGUGACAGCAGGGCUAUCAUUAUUAGAAACAGUGAGAUCAUUUCCAUGUCAACAGAGUUCACACCAGAGUCAGAACGACAAAGACUUCAGUUCCUGGGUUACAUGCAGCCGCACCUGUUGGGUAACGAGUUCACGCACCUGGAAUUCCCCCGGAGAGUUCAGAGGAAGGAGGUGGGGAAGAGGAUGCUCUACAGAGACUUCACAAUGAACGGAUGGGCAUAUAAGACAAUUGAGGAUGAAGAUCUUAAGUUCCCUCUGAUAUAUGGUGAAGGGAAAAAGGCACGGGUUCUGGCCACAAUCGGUGUGACCCGUGGGCUUGGCGACCAUGACCUCAAAGUUCAUGAUUCCAACAUUUACAUAAAGCCGUUCCUGUCCUGUUGCCCUGAGGUGAAGGUGUAUAAUCUGAUGCAGUAUGAGCACGGGACAGAUGAUGUUCUGGUGAUGGGAACUGAUGGCCUGUGGGACGUCCUCUCUAACGAGGAAGUAGCCGAAGCUGUCACCACCUUUCUCGCCAACUGUGAUCCUGAUGACUUGCACAGGUACACAAUGGCAGCACAGGACCUGGUGAUGCGAGCACGUGGUGUGUUAAGAGACAGAGGCUGGAGGAUUACCAAUGAGCGUCUGGGCUCUGGAGAUGACAUUUCAGUCUUCAUCAUACCCUUAAUGUAUGGCAACCGGCAGCCCUGAUGAACACGGCUUGACUUAACAGGCUUUUUUCUAAGUCCUUGACUUCAAAAGCCCUUUUUAGCUUUUCUUUUUUUUGGGGGGGGGCUUCUUCAGAUGGAGGUCUUGGAGAACCUGAGUUCUGUUGGUGCUUCACUUCUCUGUUAUAGGAAAAUGUUGUUACCCACAGCAGUUCCCCAGCUAAUGAGCAUGACUUUUCCUGCAGAAAUGUGAAAACUAAUAUAAGGAAAUGUUCUUUUGAAGUGAAGAAAAUGUUCUCUUUUUCCAUCUUUCUCUUUACCUCGCUUGUUGUACUGUAUUCUCCCUCUUUCUUCCGUCUUUUAUUCCCUUACUUAUACUGUACAGUCAACUUGUCUGUUUAACAGAAAUACCUCCUUUGUCUUGUGAACAUGGACCAAGCUGACAGGUCAGCUGCUUUUUCUGUUUUGCCACAAUGUGGCUUUGAAAAUAUUCAUUUUCUGAUUACCAGCUUCCAGUUUGCUGAACAAAUGAAAGAAGUGACAAUAUGGGCGCAGAAGACAAGUUUUCCACCAUAGAAAGAAUUUUUCUCUUUGAAGACACACAUGGACCCCAUGUGGGACAUGGUUUGAUAUAGUAUUUAAACAAAGUUUAUUAAAAAAAAAUCUUGAAAACAUCGAAAUAGAAAGAAGAAAGUUCACUGUUACAGUACAAGUCAUUUGAUCAAACUUAAAAAUGCUUUCUAAAAAAAAAAAUUAUUUUUAUAGUGUUUUUUUUUCCAUGUAAAAA